GAAAUAGCCAAAAUUUAUUUUGAACGUGAAAAUAAGGUGGAAGGGAAAGGCGAAUUGAGAAAGCUUAAUUCCACGCACCAUGCAUAAAAGAUCGCCACAAUCUACCAUGGCCGCAGCACAGGGACAACCAGAGAAACGCGAUAUCAUUGACCUUGAUUCCUGCAUUGAGGAGUUUUUCUGGACUGAAAGGUUUCGGUACAGCCGUUCCUUUUGCGGCUUGAGAAAUAACCGAAACCAAUUCGAGGUUGAACUUGUAUUUAAAAACCUCACUAAAGAGAAUAGCCCUCCUACCACAUCUGUGCAUAAGGAUAGUGACCUGACAGGUGAUGAUCCGCAAGAGAAAAAUUUGCUUCUAUAUAAGACUGAAUUCAGGAACUCUACAAAGGGAAACCAAGAGUAUAACAUAAGUUCCCAAAGGAACACAACCUCUGUCUGCGAGACCGUGGUUAAUGAAGGUCACACAAUCGGAGGGAAGAUUGGAAUAAAACUAAAACCCGGGGACAUCGUUGAAGCCGGGGCUGGGUUUAAGGAAGAGAUAUCUAUCAUUAACGAAGAAAGGGAAACAGUUCAACAUGAAAUGCAAUGGGGAAUUAACACUAAAAUCACGGUACCACCAGAUAAACGUGUCAUUGCUAAGUUGAUUGUAAGCGACGAACGACUGACAGCGGAUUUUGUAAUAUUGUCUUGGUUUAAGGGAGAAGUAUUGGCGAAAUUUCGUAACAAAAAGAACAAUGUCAUGAUUGCGUUAUGCCGAGCACCAAUUCAUAGAAUAAUUAACUGGGCCAAGUCAAACAAAGAUUACUCAGUGGCUAUGAAACGCGCUAAUGUUGACCGUGAAGGGACAGUGACGCUGGAAUCAAGUAUUACCUGUAAAUUCAGGUACUCCGUGCAGCAGCACGUUGUUAUAACAGAACACGAAAUUGAGAAGAGUGACAAUUCACCGACAGAGUAA